AUGGACAGCGUCGAGUCGAUUACAGCCGCGACGUCCGAGGGCACCUCUUACGGACCUUCGAUCCCGCGGCUUCCUGUGGAGGUCUGUGAACGGAUCAUCGACCACGUAGCAGCGGGAGUGAACCUCGGUUAUCAUUUUUUAAUGAAGGGCGAGCCACAUCUGUCCACUCUCACAUCCUGCGCGCUCGUAUGCCAAGACUGGUACUACCUGUCGUGGUACCAUCUUCGUCAACGCAUAUAUCUACGAGACCGGAAGGACGUCCUCUCGCUCUCCAAGACACUCCGCGCAAAACCUCGCCUCCGUGAGGUCAUUCAGCAGGUCGUCAUAUCGGGUGCUUCUCACGGGGAGCGUAAACCGAUCCGGCACCUGGAGACGUUUGCCGCUAUGCUCGCGGGCAAGGCUCCGAGGUUGUCGUGGAUCACCAUUGAGGAUGCUGAGUGGACCAUCGGCUCGAUCCGGAUGAAGGACAUCGGCUUCCUAGGGGUGUUCAAUUGCAUUGUCACUGGACGCAUAUUCAAAGUCACCUUGUUGAACGCCGCCCAGCUGUCCCAUCUCGUUUCAGCACUCCCGCGGCUCAGGAAUUUAUGGUGCUACAGUGUUGACUGCUUGCAGAAACAGCACGUCUCCCCGGCCUCUCUCCCACUGAACUCUGCAAAUCUGGAGGAUCUCGAAGUGCGCUGGGUUGCACCAGCAGUAGAAGACCUCUUUGCGCAGAUCAGCCGGGCUUCUCGAGUGCGCUCUUUCGAUCUUGGAGUGUCCGGCGGGUUGGAUCCGUCCGUGGCAGUCAGCAGAAGCCAGAUUUUGCUGGAUGCGAGCUCCACAUCUGCAGAAAUGGUUGCGCUCCAUAUCGACCCCAGUUCUCCUGUUCGUGACGGCGAAAUUGAUGCCACAGUUGGAAAGUCUUGGCACGUUUCUCUCGAGUUACUUGGCUGA